GGCGUCAUUGCCACAGUACGUCAGUUCACGGCAGUCGAGACACCGAAAACCAACUUCACAUUCUGCUGGCCUUCAACGGGUGACAGGCAGGUUCUACUUGACGUUCUGAGCAAGAUGGCCCAGACUGCCUCUACACCGUAUCCUGUGGCAGCUUCUAGCGUCACCCAGGUCACGGUCUUCUCACAAGACACCCCAGCAAACAUACCUCCCGCCCCCCCGAACCUCCCCGUGUCAGGUCCUCAGGAUCAGCAGGAGUUCGGUGAUGCGCCAGUGGUGAUGAUGUGUCCACACUGCCAGAUCAGGAUCGUCACGUCAAUCAGAUACGUCAAGGGCAACUUGGUCUAUGCGACCUCAUUGUUUUUAUUUAUGUCCCUAAUCCCCUGGGUCGUGUGUGGUUGUUUCAUCCCUCUCGGUCUCCGCUCCAUGAAGGACGUGGAACACUGCUGUCCCAACUGCGGCAGUCAGCUGGGUACCUACAAACGGCUCACAUAGGGGGUUAUCGUCUCAAUGCUGUCCCUACACAUCCAUGUACCGUGUACAUGAUCAUCUACAUUCAGUUCAUCCUGGAAGAGUUGACACCAGGAUUUCCACAAAUUCCUGUCCAGCAUGACAGAGCGAAGCUACAACCACCUGUAUCUUACAAACAAUCUUAUGGAAUAAAAUGUGGCGCUUAUGUUUAAUGUACGAGGUCGUAAAAUUAUAGAUAUUAAAACAACAGUGUAUGAAUUUAUAAGUAAUAUAUCCAAACGACCAUGCUGUGAAUUUUCCUCACGUAUACAAGAGUUAAGUUAAGCGUUGCAUGACGAUUAGAAGUAAUAGAUGAAUGUGGUCUAGUAAUGAGUGUGAAUAUAUCAAAGUUUAUGAGUAUUUCCGCACAAUCCUUAUCCAAAGAAUAUCUUUGUAACUCCAGUUUGUUUGACCAGUGAUACAUUUCACAAUGUUAAUUUUCCACGUCGUUUGUGAAAGUUGGACUGUACUGUAUUUCUGUACCAAUUGAACACCAAGACUUGUAAAUAUUCAAUGAAUAAAGAACUGUGUAUCAAACAUUA